AUGGAGAAGCUGGGUGGGGUGGGCAAGCUGGAGGAGGUCUGGGUCCUGUGCCAAGAACCACCCACUUCUCAAAACUGCUCAGUGGCCAUCUGUCUGGCUUGUAUUCAGCCUGCCGUGUUCUCAGGGAUCCUCCCCUUCAGGUCAAACAAGGACAGGCCUCGCCCAGCACAUGGAGCUCUGACAGAGAAGGUCGAGUGCUUCUCAGACUACAUGACCCUGAAGAUCCCGAGGAGCAGCGUGCAGGGUUUGAGGCAGUGGCUGGCCAGGGUCCUGCACCAGCCAGGCACCAAGAGAGCCCCCAGCCACCUGGAUUCUCUUCUUACCCAAUGUGGUUACCUGUUGCAUCCUGCUCAUGAGGGCGGCUUCAUCUUCCGAGCUCUGUACUCUGCCUGCUUUGUACAGAAAGAGGAAGCAAAUUACAGGUUGGAAAUCAGAAUGUUUCAAAGGGGGGCAAAAAGGUUGAAGCAGAGCAAUCGCUACAUAAUGAAGUGUCCCGUGAGCAUGUCGAAGCUGGGUGAACAGAGCGUCCGCUGCCAUCCCUCAUUCAUCCAGGUCUCUCGGCCCCUGCCUCCGAGGAUCGAUGGUGGGCAGACGCCAUGGCUGCUGUCCCUUCGGGGGGAGCUGGUGGCUUCUCUGGAGGAUGCCAGCUUGAUGGGAUUAGAUGUGGAUAUUGGUGCCACCACAGUUACUAUCCAAAGCCCAAGACAAGAACUUCUUCAGAGGCAGGAGGUGUGGAACACCUCCUUGGAGCUCCUGCCGCUGUGGCUGGUGAGCGGCUCCUACGCCUACUCCUUCCAGGCUGCGUGCCCGCUGGCCUCAUCCCAGCCGGGGUCAGAGAUCUCAGUUCAUAUCCCCAAGCAGAGGCUGGGUCUGGUCAAAAGAGGAUCCCGUGUUGAAGAGUCUCUGAGCCCCAGAUUCCUUCGAGUGCGCCAGUCCGACACCUUCACAGUGGCAGAGGACAGGGACUUUGUGGUUGUCAGAAUCCCAGCUGUGCUGCUGCUCCGGGACCAGCCAUGCCAAGAGGCCAGAGAAUCCCCAGGGACACGAGCUUUCUACAGGGUGGACCUGAGCCUGCGCUUUGCAGAGGCCGUGUCCCCAGCGCACUGGACGGUGGAGCACUUUUUCCAGUGUGCGGUUUCCUGCGGUGCUGAUAUUGAUUUUGAAAGGGAGGGUUGCAACUCUGCCCAGGCAGUGCGCAGCCAGGGCUUGCAAUGGGAGCGGAGGGAGGGAGCAGGGGCCACCAGAUGGGGUCUCUUCAGCAACCUGUGA